AUGGCAAUUUCCAGUGGUGUCACCACGCUCCUCCCAAAAGCACACAUUGAAUCCGUCCAGACUAUAACACCCUUCAAGAUCACCGAUCCGCGACCGACACUUGCCGUGUCGGCCGCAGACCCGAUCAGUUUGGGAAUAUUCCAAAACUGCCUGCACAUCCUUCUCUACUACACAAAAGCAACCCAAGAGGACUCAAGUUGGCUCCAUGCCGGCUGGAUCAAGGAGUCCCUUUCGAGGGCGUUGGUGGAGCAACCGCUAUUUGCUGGCCGAUUUCGUGUGAAUGAUAGUGGAGAGCUGGAGGUUGUGGCCAAUGACAGCGGCAUUAGACUCAUCGAAGCUCGUACUCCGAUGACCAUGGCUGAGUUUCUGUCUUACAAGUCCAGCAGGGAGGAUGCAGAAGAUGAACUUGUGUUUUGGAAAACGAUUGAUGAACAUAGUCCUCAGUACUCUCCUCUCUUUUAUGUUCAGGUGACAUAUUUUCAGUGUGGAGGGAGUUCACUAGGAAUUAGCUGCAGUGUUCUUCUAGCAGAUCUUUUGUUCAAAGAAAAUUUUCUCAAGAAAUGGGCUAAUAUCCACCACAAUCUGCUUUCAGACAAGAGCCUAACUGUGACACCCUUUUAUAAUUUCCGACAUGUUGGCAAAAAUGGAAAGUCUGCCAACAAUAUAUUUGUCUCUAUUCCUAGCAAAAAAUGUGGCAAGACAAUGAUUUUCAAUGUUGCAGCUGAGAAUGUGGAUUCGGAGAACGAUGAUGCAUUGAAAAUUUGUGUUGAAGAAGCAGAGAGCAAGUAUGGUUUUGGGAAAUUGUUUGUGAAGAUCAACAGCUCAUCCUGCAGUGCAGUCAAGGUUGAGAAUUUUCGAAAAGAAGGACUUGCUAAGCCAAAAAUUAAGGGAAUUGCUGAAGCGGGAUGGGAUUUUUUCGGGGCAAAGGAGGUCGGAUUUCGUGAAGGGAAUAAGCCGGCUAGUGUUUCGUAUUGGUUUGGAUUCAUUUCUGGUGGAGUUGUUAUGGCAGUGCCAUCAUCAGCUGAUCGGGAGGGUGCUUAUUCAGUGAUUGUUACAGUUCCUAAUUUGGAGGACUAA